AUGAGCUGCCAGACCCCGGGCCCUGUCACAAACCAGCCAGGGACCACCGGGGUCGGAUCGGACUCAUUCCCAUGUCUGCGCCCCCUCACUUUCCCCCAGAAGUCCAAUGAGGAUGUGCGGCGCUCGGGAGAGGUCACCGUUACAGUCAAGGAGAAAGCUGAGAGUGUCGAUAGGAUUUGUUCUUCCCCAAAUGAUGCUUCUACCUCCAAACCCACUGUCUCAUCUCCUCCUCGCCGGCAUCAUUCUCUCCCUCACUCUCACCAUCCACAUGUGGGCCGCACUCGGAUGGGCAGCCGCUCCAGCUCCAUCACCUACACAGCGUUCUCCCCACGGCCCUCCAUUUCACGUCACUCCAGUAUCGCCACCAACCCCCCGAUGGACCGCUCCAAACCCAAAGACUACCUCAUCCUCGCCAUCAUCGCCUGCUUCUGCCCUGCCUGGCCAAUCAACAUUGUGGGAUUCGUUUACUCCAUCAUGUCCCGGAACAGUCUGGAGCAGGGGAACAUAGACGGAGCGCGGCGACUGGGUCGCGUGGCCAAGCUGCUCUCUGUUGUCUCUCUAGUGGGAGGAGCCAUCAUCAUCGUAGCAUGCGCAGUCAAUCUGUCAAUUCAUGUCAAAUACUGAGAGCAGUGAGUGUGCCACAGAAUCCAGCUUCACAUCAGAUCACUGACCCGAACACCACGGCCCAUUAGUUUUGCCCCGCUGCUGCUGUGACGAUACGCGAUCGAUAAACGGAUGACUUUGCUCUCUGAAAGAAACCUUGCUGAUCUGCAAUAUCCUUCAAACAGAUGGAACGAGAUGCUUCACUGAAAUCACACACAUCAAUGAGAAAAGAGUAAAAAAGUUUUAUUCUUGCAUUCGUUCCUCGGCACUUCCUUGGAAUCUCUCACACCUGAACAUAAACAGGCCGGCUUUGAGGAGAAUUGCAGGUAAAGCCAAAGUACUUUUCCUUCUCCAGAAGCCGAAAACAAGCCAAACCGAAAUACAGACAUAGGUUUGUCAGAUUAUUCCAACCAGUGAAAAUCAACCGCCAGUUGUUCUGAAGAUCGUCAAGUGGCUCACAUGUGAUGAAGUGGAUCUCCUCAGUGUGAUCACGU